GUACUCCAUAAUCUGCUCAGGAUACGAAACCUCACUCACAGAUUCCCGCCAGGAGGGUCAUCCAAAAAAUGAUAUAUCAAAGCAUUUUAAAAUUCUUACUUCACACUAACAUGACAACCGGCGUGUUCACGCCUUAAGUUCGAUGGCGCUAAAGAAAAACCUUAUUGCUUCUUCAAUUGAUGCUACUUUUUUUUUCGAUGAAUUUUAUUACAAAGAGUAUGGAAGGGGACGAUAAGAGUUAGUCUGCUCCGAAACCUAGAUAGGAAUUAGCUCAAGCGCGUCACUUGCUUGGCAGUUGUUAUUGAUGCACGCGCAUGCUUGCACGCUGGUCAGCUUAUGAGUCCAGAGAUGUGUUAAUAUGCCACUAGACUUCAUUUAUAGAAAUGAUGAAACAAUUAAUUUACUUAGACUCCACUUUUUGUAGAAAAUGGGAGGAAUAUAUGUUGGACUAACACUAAUGCUGACUUUCAAUAUGGUUGUAGGAACGGGACGAUUCGAGGUUUCAAUUUUAGCACUCUUCAAUGAAAGUGGACAGAUGUCAGACGGAAAUUGUUGUUCAAAGUCACGUGAUAACGGCUCGUGCUCGUCACCUUGCCACACCUUCUUUGCUGUUUGUCUUCAGCACUAUUCCGUUGAUAUCCCAGAAUUCCCUAGAUGCACUUACGGACGUGUUGUUACCCCGAUAUUCAACUUUAGCAUGAGCAAUGAUUCGACUGUGACAAAGAAAAAAUACUUGGUCAAAAUUCCAUUCCAAUUUUCUUGGCCAGAAACCUUUUCUUUAGUGAUAGAUGCUUGGCGCAACAUUCAUCCCGACUUCUCCACUAAAGGUGUCUCAAAUAGAGUUCUACGAGCUGUGGCAACAGACAAAUUAAACCCUCCUUCUCAGUGGGUAAAAAGGAAGGCAAAAGCCUACGACAUAGAGAUCGACUAUAAAUACCGAGUGAUCUGUGACGAAUUCUACUACAGUGACACCUGUGAGCAAAUCUGUCGACACAGGAACGACAACUUUGGUCACUAUGUUUGCGAUGAAACAGGUUCUAAAGUCUGUCUUCCUGGCUGGCAAGGAGAAUUCUGUCAAGAAGCGGUUUGUACAGAAAAGUGCAACAGCAGCCGUGGCUAUUGUGAAAACCCGUUUGAGUGUAGGUGUUUUCUCGGUUGGACCGGAGAGUCCUGUGAUAAGUGUAUACCUAACCCCGGAUGUGUUAACGGCUUCUGUUACGAACCGUGGCAAUGUAUCUGUCGAAGUGGCUGGGCUGGAAGAUACUGCGAUAUAGUUCAGCAUUACUGCACCAACCAUCAGCCAUGUCGAAAUGGAGGAACCUGCCUUAACGAUGCAAAAAACAAUUUUACAUGCUUGUGUUCGACUGGAUAUACUGGUCGCACAUGUGAAAACGAGGUUUGCUUCGACAUUCAUUGUCAAAAUGGCGGGAAAUGUCAAGGAACCUCGAAGGGCGAUGCAAAAUGCGUUUGUCCUGAGGGCUUUUAUGGUCAACAUUGCCAACAUAUAAAGAGUUCCUGCAAGGACAUAACAUGUGCUAAUUCUGGAACAUGCAGUGAUGGCAAAUACGGAGCAUAUUGUUCGUGUUUAGCGGGAUUUGAAGGAAAGUACUGCGAAAGUGAAAUUGACGAGUGUCGAUCAAAUCCCUGUGCAAAUGGCGGCACCUGCUUGGACGGCGUCAAUGAUUUCAUCUGUCGCUGUAAAGAAAACUACAUGGGUAAAACGUGUGGAAUAAUUAUGGACCCCUGUUAUGGGAUCAAAUGCUUUAAUGGUGGUCGGUGCCAUAUCACAGCUGGUUUCCGUGCACAUUGCAUAUGUCCUCGUGGCUUCUCUGGAAAACGAUGUGAAUCCAAGAUUAAUGUGUGCAAAAAUAUAAUAUGUCGAAAUGGUGGAAGUUGUAUGAAAAGCGACACAGGGGACUAUAGUUGUAUUUGUUUAAAUGGUUUCCAUGGAGAUUUUUGUGAACUCUCUGUUCAAUCGUGUACGUCAUCUUCAUGUCAAAAUGGCGGCAUUUGCAAACAGUACGGAAACCAUACUCGUUGCAUUUGUCCUUCUAAGUUUAUUGGAGAAAAAUGCGAAAGUUCAGAUAUUGACCUUGAAGAGGAAAUUUCAGGAUCUUAUGCUCAGAAUCUGUGUGCAAAAUGUCAAGUUAAUGUGUUUUGGACUAUCCUUUUUAUAUUAUUGGAUUUUCUUAUUCCUCCUUAAUUUAAAGUACCACAGAUACGGUAUUCACAACCGGUGAUUGUUUGUCACUUUGCUGUUUUGUCAUUUUCUUCUUGUCAUGGCAGGUUUCAUUCCUUUUCAAAUAAUUUAUAUUUUUCAUUGAAAAGACCAUUUAUGAUGAAUGUACUUGUACAAGACUGUAAAUAUGGACUGUCACUAUUCAGCAUUCAGACGCAAGAGGUUGGGGAAGGGGUGCUGAGAUGUAUAAAAUUGAUUUUAGCUCACCUGAGCCGAAGGCUCAAGUGAGCUUUUCUGAUCAAAAUUUGUCCGUUGUCUGUUGUCGUUGUCGUUGGCGUCGUUGUCGGAAACUUUUAACAUUUUCAUCUUCUUCUCAAGAACCACUGGGCCAAUUUCAACCAAACUUGCUACAAAGUAUCCUUGGGUAAAGGGGAUUCAAGUUUGUUCAAAUGAAGGGCCAUGCCCUUUG